GCAUAUGCUCUUAAUUCAUUAGAACCUAAGACGCAGGCACCACGCGAAGCACUAACAGACAGGCACGUACCACGAGUCUUGGGAAGCAUGAUCGUAGUGCCUCGUCGCUGCCACCUUCCCAUCUAGUCCUCCCCCGCGGACAUUGACCAUCAUCGCAACCCCACCCCAACCCCAAGCUCCUUCCACACCGCGCAUACGCAACGCCUCAUUAACACAUCCGUUCUGUAAACGCCUCAAUCCCAGAGCUCCCUGCCCAGGCCCCAGCAAUGCGAUCAUGGCAUGGCCACCCCCGAACCCCGGCGGCGUAAACCUCCAAUUCAUCGCCGAAGCGCAACAAAUCAUAAACAGCCACAACCAGCACCACCAGCACCACCAGCACCACCAGCACCACUCGCACCAUUCGUUCACUCCCGCCACCGGCGGCCACGCUCCCAUUACCAACGACGAAAUUGAAUCGGAGGCUGCAUUCAACGCCCAGUUCAACGAGCUGGGACGCAGCACGUUAGACUACGAUGUACACACCGGUGUUGGUUCCAGUAGCGGAGGAUACGGCGCGCAUCGUUUACAUGGACAAUCGCCACAGGCUGGGGGAAGUGGUAGUAGUGGUAAGGGGGAGGCUCCCAGCAAAUCCACGUUAGAAACACGAAAGAGUCUACAGGCGCGGGGGAAGAAUUGGCAUUCUGCGUCUGGUGAGGUGCAGGGGAGGGCGUGGGAGGAGCGACAGAGGAGGGAUGAGGCGGUUAGUAUAUUGGAGAGUGAGGAGAUGCUCAUGUGGAUUGCGGGGGUGAGGAAUGAGAGUAUACCACAAACGCGCGCGUUUUACCGUAACAUCGUCCUCGGUCUUGAACAGCCGCCUGCGGAUUGGAACGACGAGUGGGAAGUACAAGGUACUGGAGGGUCUGGAGCCGCAGAAGGGCAGGGUACUAUGGGAAGUGGGAGUCCAGCGAGGAGUGGAAAGGGCAAGGAAAGGGACAUUGCGAAGAUGAGGAAAAGGGUUAGUUCAGGACAAGCACCUGCUUGAACGGAAGGUCAUGGGUUGAUGACGAGAUAUUUUGGCAUUAUUUUGGAUUCAAGGCGGAUCGCGUUAUACCCCAGUUUUUGUUCUUGUCCUAUUCAUAUGAAAGAAGUUUGUACUGGCAAGACGUACAACAUUACUAUU